AUAUUGAAAAGUUGCAUAUGCAUUAGAACGUAAUACAUUUUUCAAAUAGCAAAAUGAGGAAUUGUAUGAUGUUUCUUUUCUACUUUGCUGCUAGCCAAAUGUUGGUGUAUUAUUUCAUACCUUCAACAACUGCUUCUCUUUCUUUGAGUUCGCAGACUGAUAAGCUUGCUUUGCUUGCUUUAAAGGAAAAGCUUACAAAUGGUGUACCAGAUUCUUUGCCAUCAUGGAAUGAGUCUCUACAUUUCUGUGUGUGGCAAGGGAUUACAUGUGGUCGUCGUCACAUGAGAGUCUCUUCCUUGCAUUUGGAAAAUCAAACAUUGGGUGGCACUCUUGGACCAUCUUUGGGUAAUUUAACAUUUCUCAGAUUACUCCGACUUAGAAAUGUUAACUUGCAUGGUGAAGUUCCAAAACAAGUUGGUUGUUUGAAGCGGUUGCAAGUUGUUGACUUAAGCAACAACAAUCUUAAAGGAGAAGUUCCUACCGAGCUCAAAAACUGCACAAAACUCCAAAGUAUUAACUUGUUGCACAAUCAACUCAAUGGAAAUGUUCCCACAUGGUUGGAAUCAAUGAUGCAUCUUACCGAGUUACUUCUUGGAAUCAAUAAUUUAGUUGGUACUGUUCCUUCUUCUUUGGGAAAUAUUUCAUCACUCCAACGAUUAAUACUUGGAAGGAAUCAAUUGGAAGGAACCAUACCUUAUACUUUGGGUAGGUUGCAAAAUUUGAUAGAUUUGACUCUGAGUUCAAAUCAUUUGUCAGGUGAAAUUCCUCAUUCUCUUUACAAUCUAUCCAAUAUUCAAUAUCUUGUUCUCGCAGGAAACCAAUUGUUUGGUCGUCUUCCAUCAAAUAUGAAUCUUGUUUUUCCCAGUCUUAAAGAAUUCUUGGUAGGAGGGAACAAUUUAAGCGGAACUUUUCCGUCUUCAAUAUCAAACCUCACUGAAUUGGAUGCGUUUGAUAUAUCAUAUAAUAAUUUUAAUGGGAACAUACCUCUUACUUUAGGUCGAUUAAAUAAACUUCAAAGAUUUCACAUUGGUGAUAAUAAUUUUGGGAGUGGGAAAACUAAUGAUUUGUAUUUCAUGUCGUCGUUAACAAAUUGUACUCAAUUACAAAAGCUAAUUAUGGAUUUCAACAGAUUUGGGGGUUUGCUUCCAAAUUUUAUAGGAAAUUUUUCCACCAAUCUCACAUUGCUUAGUAUGAUAUAUAAUCAAAUAUAUGGGGAGAUACCUGGAACAAUUGGACAACUAACUGGUUUAUCUUUCUUAGAUAUUGGGUACAAUUUCCUUGAGGGACCAAUUCCAAAUUCAAUUGGAAAGCUUAAAAAUCUAGUAAGAUUGGUAUUGCAAAAUAACAAAUUUUCCAGUUAUAUACCUACUAGUAUUGGAAAUCUUACUAUCUUGUCUGAACUAUAUCUAGUAGAAAAUAAUUUGGAAGGAAGCAUUCCGGUUACCAUCAAAUAUUGCAGGCAGUUGCAAAUAUUAACUAUUUCUGAUAACAAAUUGAGUGGUGAUGUUCCAAAUCAAACAUUUGGCUAUCUAGAAGGCUUAAUAAAUCUUGACUUGUCCAACAACUUCUUGACUGGUUUCCUUCCUUCGGAGUUUGGCAACAUGAAGCAUCUUUCCAUAUUGAAUCUAUACUCAAACAGGUUUUCUGGUGAAAUUCCAAAGGAGCUUGUUUCUUGCUUGACCUUAACAGAGCUUUUGUUGGAGGAAAACUUUUUCCAUGGAGAUAUACCUUCGUUCUUGGGCUCUUUAAGAAACCUGAAUCUCUUAGACCUUUCUAACAACAACUUAUCUGGGACAAUCCCUCAUGAGCUAGAAAACCUGAAACUGUUGAAUACUUUGAACCUGUCUUUUAACGAUCUCUACGGCGAGGUUCCCAAAGAAGGUGUAUUCAGCAAUGUUACAGCAAUUUCACUAAUUGGAAAUAAGAACUUAUGUGGGGGAAUACCUCAAUUGAAGCUUCCUCCAUGUUUUAAGGUACCCACCAAAAAACACAAAAGAUCUCUAAAAAAGAAACUUGUCCUCAUCAUUGUACUUGGUGGGGUUUUGAUCUCUUUCAUAGCUUCUAUAACUGUUCAUUUUCUCAUGAGAAAGUCCAAAAAGUUGCCUUCUUCACCAUCUUUGCGAAAUGAGAAGUUGAGGGUUACUUAUGGAGAGCUAUAUGAAGCAACUGAUGGAUUUUCUUCAGCCAAUUUGGUUGGAACAGGAAGCUUUGGAUCUGUUUAUAAAGGAUCUCUUCUCAACUUUGAAAGACCUAUUGUUGUAAAGGUGUUGAAUCUUGAAACACGUGGAGCAACAAAAAGUUUCAUAGCGGAAUGCAAUGCAUUGGGAAAGAUGAAGCACCGGAAUCUUGUCAAGAUUUUAACUUGUUGUUCAAGUGUUGAUUAUAAUGGUGAAGAUUUCAAAGCUAUUGUUUUUGAGUUCAUGUCAAAUGGGAGUCUUGAAAAGUUGUUGCACGAUAAUGAAGGGUCAGGAAAUUUUAAUCUCAACCUCACACAAAGGUUAGACAUUGCUCUUGAUGUAGCUCAUGCAUUGGAUUAUCUUCACAAUGAUACAGAACAAGUCGUAGUUCACUGUGAUAUUAAGCCAAGCAAUGUUCUUCUUGAUGAUGAAAUUGUAGCCCACUUGGGAGACUUUGGCCUAGCUAGGCUCAUUCAUGGAGCUACAGAACAUUCAAGUAAAGAUCAAGUUAAUUCCUCUACAAUUAAGGGAACUAUAGGAUAUGUUCCUCCUGAGUAUGGAGCAGGUGGUCCGGUAUCACCGGAGGGAGAUAUUUACAGCUAUGGGAUUCUGCUGUUGGAAAUGCUUACCGGAAAGAGACCAACAGAUAACAUGUUUUAUGAGAAUCUAACUCUACACAAAUUCUGUAAGAUGAGAAUUCCUGAAGAAAUUCUUGAGGUUGUAGAUUCCCGUUGCCUUAUUCCAUUGGUUGAAGAUCAGACACGAGUUGUGGAAAACAACAUAAAGGAGUGUCUAGUGAUGUUUGCUAAAAUAGGAGUUGCAUGUUCUGAAGAAUUUCCUACUCAGAGAAUGCUCACAAAAGAUGUUAUAAUUAAGUUGCUUGAAAUUAAACAGAAGUUACUUUCCUAAACCAUUACUACUGUGGUAAGAAAAUAACGGUGUUCACCUGGAUAAUGGACAAGUCUUGUAUAUCUCACUUGUGUUUUUAUUAUUGUGUUAUUCUGUAUUGCAAUUCCUGUAUAUGUAGUGGGACACGAAUUUGUAUGUGUGUUUAUUACAUUAUAUUUAUACGUA